AUGGCACCUGCACCCAUUUUCGAGCAGCCCAACGUUGCUGAGCCUUUCAACAACCAUCGCGAUGGCCUUGCUCUCGAGGCCACAUCCGAUGACAUCGACCAGGUCAAUAUCCUCAAGUCUGCCAUGAAAGUCAAGCAGGGCACUGCCACCCAGGAGGAGAAGGACAUCUACGAGAAGUCCCAGUUCGAUGCCGAGAAGGACAAGGCGCAGUUCCGUCAAUACGAGGACGCCUGUGACCGCGUCAAGAACUUUUAUCGCGAGCAGCACGAGAAGCAGACCGUGGCCUACAACCUCAAGGCACGAAACAACUUUCGGUUCAAGACCCGCGCCGAGAUGACCAUCUGGGAGGCCAUCGAGAAGCUCAACACCCUCAUCGACGAGUCUGAUCCCGACACCUCCCUCUCUCAGAUCGAGCACCUGCUCCAGUCCGCCGAGGCCAUCCGCCGCGACGGCAAGCCCCGCUGGAUGCAAGUCGUCGGCCUCAUCCACGACCUGGGCAAGCUCCUCUUCUUCUUCGACGCCCAGGGCCAGUGGGACGUCGUCGGCGACACUUUCCCCGUCGGCUGCGCCUUCGACGAGAAGAUCAUCUACCCGGGUACUUUCAAGAACAACCCGGACUCCAACGACCCGAUCUACAGCACCAAGUACGGCAUCUACACGCCCGGCUGCGGCAUCGACAACGUCAUGCUGUCGUGGGGCCACGACGAGUACCUCUAUCAUCUGUGUAAGGAUCAGUCUAACUUGCCGGAGGAGGCGCUCGCUAUGAUCCGGUACCACUCCUUCUACCCAUGGCACAACCAAGAGGCCUACAUGUGGAUGAUGAACGAGAAGGACGUCAAGAUGCUGGAGGCUGUACGUGCCUUUAACCCGUAUGAUCUUUACAGCAAGAGCGAUGAGGUGCCCAAGGUCGAGGUGCUUAGGCCUUAUUAUGAGGAGCUGCUUGAUGAGGCGUUCUUUGACCAUGAGAACGGCAUUAGGGGACGGGACAGGAAGCUGAGGUGGUAA